CCUGCCCGCACGCCCAGGCGAUAGCCUGGCUCCGUCACAACACGUGUGUGCCCGCAGCCGGGUGGGCCCAGCCAGCCAAGCUGCAGGCGCGCCGCCACCCUGGCCUGAGGUGGCCAAUGCAUUGCCCUGCCCCCAGGAAGCCGGACCCCUCGGUGCAGCCCCCCGAAAGCUGCUGGUGAGAAGGACAACCAUGGGUUGACGUGAGGUGUCAUCGAAGGGCACCAACAUGAUGGUGCACCCACUACUUCCUGCCCCCAGCGACGCGCCCCCCAGCGACGACGACUUGGGCACCGUCCCCGACUACACGCAGCUGAAGAAGCAGAGCUGCAGCCGGGCACUGGCCACAAGUUCCGGUGGCCGGGCUGAACGCGCUGCGGGCGCGGCGCCUCUCCGACAUCUCCGCCUUCAAGACUGCUGCCGGCUUCCCUGCGCGCCCUGCGCCAUCAAGAUCAGCAAGAGCCCACGACGGGGCACACCUGACGUGGGAGCCGCUCGGUGACCUCGGGAAGAUCGUGGAGUACUCAGUGUACCUGGCAUCCAGACGCCCAGCGGGCGAGCCCAAGGCGCGGCGCCCGCCCCAGCUCCUUCAUCGCGUGUACUGCGGCCCAGCCCCUCGUGCCUGGUGCAGUCGGGCAGCCUGGCCAACGCCCACAUAGACUACACCACGAAGCCGGCCAUCAUCUUCGCAUCGCUGCCCGCAACGAGAAGGGCUACGCCCGCCACGGCAGGUCGGUGGCUGCAAGGUGCGGGCGGGG